AUGAAAGUGCACUACACUAAAAUAUUAUUAUUUUCUCUUCCAUUAAAUAUAUUGGUAACAUCAUCAUCAAAUGCUCAUAGUAAAAAUAAAACAUACAUUACAUUACGUCAUACACCACCUAUUAAAUCACGAGUAUUAAGCGAAUGUGACCUAUAUAUACCCAAAUAUGAUAAUGAUGCGGAGAUGAAAUCAGUGAAGGGAACUUUCGAUCGACAAGCGUCGCAACGUUUUGAAGAAUACGAAGAACGUAUUAAAGAUAAACGCCAAAAACGUAAAGAAGAACGUGAUAAAGACAUACAAAAAAUUAUUUUAAAAGAUAAAGUCGAAAAAUCAUUAGCAGAAAAAGUGGAAAAAGGUUGUCUUAAAUGUGGGUGUGGGUUAGCAGGUGUUGCAACAAGUGUUAGCAUAAUUGGUCCAAUUGCUGUAAAUGAGUGGACAAAAGCUGCUUUGCUAUCGGCUAAGAGCUCUGCCAUAGCUGAGGGUAAUAUUAAGGGUAUUGAAGCAGGUGUGAAUGCUGGUAUUAAAGCAGUCAUUGAUGGAUUAAAAUCAAAAUUUUCUCUAGACAUAGUAGCUGGGAAAGCACUAGAAGAUCUUGUUACUAAAACAACAUAUUUAAAUAAGAAUCUCCUCUCAGAACCUUUUCAUAUUCAAUAUCAAAGUAUGUGUGUGGGACCUACUGCUGAUAUAGAUAAACCUCUUUGCGCUUUCAAUAUCAAGAAUGAUACAACUUGGGCUCUUAAGGCUAUAGAUGGAAAUGUAGAAAAAAUUAUCUCAGAAGCUAUUAAAACUACUGACACUGUUACUUCCAACGUUACUGCUUCCGAAAUACCAUCCAUUGAAGCAUUGGAAAAAGCCGCGAUCGAAAUUACAUGUUCUAAUUUCCACACUGCUAUUAUUGUUUCCGUCGUUGCAAUAUUGGUAAUAGUUUUGGUUAUGGUAAUUAUUUAUUUAAUUUUACGUUAUCGAAGAAAAAAAAAAAUGAAUAAAAAACAACAAUACACAAAAUUAUUAAAUCAAUAA